GGACCCGCAUCGGUACCGGGGCCGUGCAGAGACACCGGCACCAGCACCGCCGAGACAGCCCCGGCACCGGCGCCGGCGCCGUGCAGAGACGCGGUGUCCGAUCGGUACCGGCACCGCCGAGACAGCCCCGGCACCGGCACCGGAACAACCGACACCUCCCCGGCACCCGGACUGGGACCGCCCAGAGCCCCGCGGGCCGGGACCGGCCCCCGCGCCAUGGCGGGCGGCAGAGCGGGGUCCCGGCGGCGGCCGAUGACCUUGGCCGAGGCGGGCCCGGGCACGGAGAACGAGCGGCUGGGCUUGGUCCGGCUCAGCAUGCUGCGCAACCCGCUCAUCAUCAAGCCAGAACUUGGAAAGCCCAUGAGAAACUGCUACUCCCUGCCAGGCCCUGAUUUUACCUAUGGGAUAUACACGCACAAGAGAGAUGGAGGAGUCCCUGAAGCCAUAGGCCACUGGGAUUCAGUGAAGGCCAAGCCUCACAAAAGGGUCAUGCCCCGAGACUUCGUGGCCAUGGGCCGUGCAGCUGUGGACGAAGGCUGCACCACAGCCCGGGACUUUGCUCUCUACUACAAGUACAUGGACAUCCGCUGCAAGGACAAGGGCAUUCUCAGAUAUGGGGGCAAGGUACCUCCAGGCAUGACUUUUGGCAAGCCACCACGGCCUUCCACUCCAUUUUUUGACCUCAUACAACACAGAUACAAGGAACUGUGGAUGGAGGAGCAGAGAGCCCGGACUGUAGUCCAGCACGUGGUGAAGAAAAAGGUGGGAAUAGUCCAGCAGAACCGCACCACGUUCCUGCGCACGCACCCGCCGCCGGUGAAGGAGGAGUCCUUCUGGCACCUACAACGCUUUGAGAAGGUUGAGCCUCAUCUCAGGACUUUUCCAGACCCUGAAUCCCGGAAAAAGGCUCUCAGUGCCUCGCGUUGAGGAGUCCUGUGAGCUGUCCCCUUCCCCAGAGAGCCCCCACAGCAAGGAUGGUGCUGGGCACAGCCCUGGGGUUCCACAUGCAACAGACUUUCUCUCAGGUUUUACAGAGUUGUGCUAACGCAGAUAUAGCCAAAUAAAUCACAAAUAUAAGAGGAA